GGUGUUCAAAACCAACGCACGAGUCUCCGUAUGUCAGGCUUCACCGGCAGCCUUACAGAGGAAGGGGACUUUGUGAAGCUUUUAAAAUGAACAUCUAAUUCUGGAUUCAAUGUAUUUACCAUUUGGAUUCAGUAAUGAGCUGGCUCCUGUCUUGGGUCCUGCUUGUCAUCCGAUUACAUCAGGCCGUUUCCCUGAGUUCCACCAUCGCACCACCCAUAACCGAUGAGCCCUAUAACCGGACUCAGUACUGUAAGUGGCCAUGCGCAUGUCCUGAGACUCCCCCAAGCUGCCCGCCUGGUGUCAGCCUCAUAAUGGAUGGCUGUGACUGCUGUAGGGCCUGUGCCAAGCAGGUGGGUGAGGAGUGCAACGAAGCAGACAACUGCGACCACCAUCGUGGUCUCUACUGUGAUUACAGCUCAGACAAGCCUAGGUACGAAAAAGGAGUGUGUGCAUAUCUGCUUGGCACUGGCUGUGAACACAAUGGUGUAAUCUAUCGCAAUGGGCAGAGUUUUCAGCCCAACUGUAAAUACCAGUGUCUAUGUGUGAAUGGGGCCAUUGGCUGUGUACCCCUGUGUAAUGACUCUCAGCCUCCAAGGGUGUGGUGUCCAACCCCAAGGCGGGUCAAGAUCCCCGGCCGCUGCUGUGAGCAGUGGAUAUGUGAAGAACCCAGGAGGGGGCGCAAAGCAGCACCUCGGCAUGCUAUGGCAGCUCUCUCCAGUGGAAAAGACACAUGGCAGGAGAACUGUGUGACACAGACCACAUCAUGGAGCCCAUGUUCCAAGACCUGUGGCCGUGGAGUGUCUUUACGCAUCACUAACGCCAACAAACAGUGUCGAAUGGUCAAAGAGAGACGGCUUUGUAACAUUCGGCCAUGUGAGGUUGACAUCACUAAGCACAUUAAGCCUGGAAAAAAGUGCCUAAACAUCUACAGGGAAGAUCAACCGACCAACCUCACCAUAUCAGGCUGCACAAGCAAAAAGCCCUACUGGCCAAAGUACUGUGGUGUCUGCACAGACGAGCGCUGCUGCAUCCCUUAUAAAUCCAAAACAGUGCAAGUGGAGUUUCAGUGCCUUUAUGGAGCCACAGUUACUUGGCAGGUGAUGUGGAUUAAUGCCUGCUUCUGCAACCUUAGCUGCAAAAAUCCCAAUGACAUCUUUGAAGAUUUAGAGCAGUACUAUGAGAAUCGAGAGAUUAUGAACUGAGGAACAGGAGACUACAGACACAUUUUGGAGUCAAAACAAUCAACAGGAUCAAUGAAACAGAAAUAAGAUUCAUUCCAUGAUGCAGUAAAAUUUAGACCCUAGACAUCACACUUAAUUACUGAAUACAAAUAUACUGCUUUGUCUAUAGAAUUUGGUGCUUCAUAUUACAAUAAUGUUUCCUUGGUUAAAGCUUUAUAGCUUAAUGCUUCGUAAUAGCUGCCUAUAGUAUAUAUAUAAAUCAAGAUAAAGAAGUAACUAUAUAUAUAGUGUUAAUAUGUGUUAAUCAUAUUAACACAAUGUGGUACU